GACUGCGAUAAAAAUCCAACACCGGAUAUGAAAAUUGAAAACUGUCACGUGUGAAUACGGUAUUGGGCGAAUAUGGCAUAAAAAUGCGUAACUAAAAUGGUGAAAAUACAAAGUUCACGAAGGAACCGAACUUUUCUAGAUUUUAGCUAUUCCGAUGCGUAGAUUCUAUUAUGGGUUUAUUUGCACAACCUUUGGAUAUUUUGGUUUGUCACAAGGUGGGAACAAUUCAGGAGUAUUACUUCAAUGAUUGAAAAAUGGCUUCACCUCCGGGAGGUAAAGAAUUUCCAUUCAUAUUGCCAGCUGGUAAAGAUAUGAAAAUCGAGGAGUUACAGUUCCUCGCUCAUCGCUACAAAUAUAACGAUUUAAGCGAAGAUAAAGAUGAAAUUAUUCCGCCCAAUUUAACCAGGAAAUGUUUGAAUGAAACUCACGUGGAACGCGGUGUAAAGGAAAUUAUCAAUUCCGAUCCAGAGGCUGUUGUACGUUCCAUAUUGGAAAACGUGUUGCGUAUAAUACGUAAGAAAAAUUCCACCGAAGUAGGAUAUUACGAAGCUUUAUCGCUCAGUUACGAUGCCGAAGUGCAAAAAGCAUUCGACGAAUCGUACAUACUACGUUUCGUUGAUUUGAAGAAAUUAAAAACCACCGAGCAAACGACGUGUUUUUUAAUCAACUUGACAAACUUGAUGUGGAUUCAUGGUUUAUUUUCAUUCAGCGAAGGUUUUCAUAGAGGAUUAUUUUUCAAAAACUGGUGUUUGAGACACGUUUGUUAUAAUGUGAUAGGCUAUCGUGUCGGCUCGUCUAUAAAAUUCCUCAGUUUAUACGAUUUACAUAGCACUUUAUUGAACUACCCUCCGAUAUUGCGAACAAACACAUUGAACCAGUUCACUUUCUUGGAAGAUGCUCGUCUUCAUUCAGUCAUUGGCCAACCGUACAUCUAUUCACCGAAAAUACAAGCUUUGAAUCCGGAAACUCUCGAAAAAGAUUUGAGCGAAUUCCAUAACGAGUACCUGAAGAGUUACAUUAUUGUCAAUUCUGAUAUCGAUCUACUGGUUCCUGUUCCCCUCAUGAUGCAUAUGGAGCGUACCGUUUAUGAUCCUAAAAUCGAAAGCGAGCUUGUAAAUAGUACAGAUAGCAUUCCUGAAAAAUGUUCCCCUCUGGUCGAUGUUCUAAAAGAGCGUGGGUUUCCUUACUACGAUCUUUUAACCAAAGAUGUGUACAUGAUGACUGAUACCCAGUUCAAGAUCAAAUUCGAUUAUGAUAAUAACUUCGAUAUAGAGAAUGUUAGCGAAAUACGCAGAGUUGUGUGGAAAUGUUGCCGGUUUCAUAAAUCGUUGUAUAAUUGUUUGCAACAUCAUGCUUCCUUGGUUCGAAGUACUUUAAUGGAUGAUCAUUUACCCAUCGAUUCGCUUUGCCGAUGUGAUGAUAAAAAUGUGAUUUGUAUCAAUAACGUGUUAUACAAAAUGAGCCAAAUGUACAGCCCCAUGUUGAAUAGUUACAAAAUAGAAAUUGAUUUCGAAAAUAAGGGUCUGAGAUGUUUAUACGCUGCUGUUUCGUUUGCUGUUGGAUUUAAAACAAAACCGCAACUAGUCGAUUUAGCCAAAGACGCAGAUGACGAAUUUCUGCUCAUGUUACAAAUUAUUGAAUCGCUUUAUGUGAGAGUUUCCACCGAACUUAUAUGUAAUAAAAUCAGAAUCUGCGUUAAGAUUUUCCUUAUUGCCAAUGACGUGUACGAAAGGUGGCCAAAAUGGUACAGUGUAUUUAUCGGCGACCCUAGUGAAAUAUUGAGUUUCCUCGUUGAUCGAGAUAAUUUUAGAUUAGCUGACGAAUGGAUAUCAGUUGUGUAUGCCAUUGAACCUGGAUUCACUUUUGAAUUAGAGGAAUUCAGCAAAUAUAUUUCGUUCCUUAGCGACCUCGAAGAUGUCACGCAUUUAAAAAAAGCCUUAACUUUGGUGAACGGUCUUCAGAUCGUUGAUAUCUGUGAUUAUAUCGUAAAGAAUUUCUUCUCUCUUACGAAACUAACGAAUUUAGUAUCGACUGUGAUAUAUUCAAAUUUACUGAACGCGACGGAUGAAAAGAGAUACUACGGGUUACUAGUCGGUUUGAAAAUGAUAUCAGCUAUACCACAAUGUGAACAACCAUUAUACUUCGACGUAGCUUUUUCACCUGUUUUGGUCGUCGAACAAAUGAUCCUCAAUAAGAAAUUACCGUCCUUGAAACCGGUCCUAGAUGUGGGAACGAAAUUUAUCGCCACUUUACCCCAAGAAAUACAACGACUGGAAACAAUAUCCAGAGACCAAAUGGAUGGUACGUUUAAAGAAUACGCUAGCAAAGCGUUACAUUUUCGUAAAAAACCAGCAGCUACCGAUUGCUUGAACGCUGCUCUGCUUCACGCUGAGAUUUUCAAAGAUGGUAAUUUUUAUCCGCCCGAUGAAGUUCCUGCGACCAAUAAAUGGAUACCGAAUAACUGGGUGCCAAAAUGCAUGUGUUGCAGAAAAACCGAAUUUAGUGUGUUUGUGAGACGUCAUCAUUGUCGCAGAUGUGGUCGAGUUGUUUGCGAUUCGUGUUCGACUAAAAGAAUGAAGGUGGUAACGUAUAAAGGCUUCGUUCGAGUCUGCGACCAGUGUUUCGAUUUCGAAGCUCAGUACGAGAACAUGGAUGACAGCGUAAGUGAAAAUUCUACCGCCACCGAUGACAGUUACAAAAAAACGUGUUGGAAAUUAUCGUCAGAUAACGACAUGAAUACGUUGAUAAGGCAACAAGCUGCGUUUGAUUCUGCUCCGGAUAUCGAGCUGUGUUUAUCUAUACUCGAAUUACAUUCUGAAAGUAUCGCUGUCCCCAGGAUGUUAUUUUCAAACGCCGAGUCAUUAAUUAAAAUCCUACGCCAAAGAUUAGUUUGUCCAGCGAAUUUCGAUUAUUCGGAAAUAUCGAAUAUUGCCAAAUCUCUCCUUUUAGCUGCAAAAAUUUACUAUACGCAUUUAGGAGAAAUGCAAAGUUGUCGUAAAUGCGAAGAAUUAGACAGCGAAGUAGACAUCUUGAAUCAUCUAUCAAAAAUUAAAUUCUUCAGCACGGAUCAGUCCAGACCGCUAAGAGAUAUACAAGAAUUGAAAAAAGUACGAGAUACUCUUCUGGAGAAACAAAAAUGGGAGCUAGCUUUAGAAAUAUCGACUAAAAUUGGCGUAGAAUGUCACAGUAUUUGGUAUCUGUGGGGUUUAACGUUGAUAAAAUCCGGUGAAUAUGCCGCAGCUCGUAAUAAAAUUUCCAGAAGUAAUAUUAAAAAGAAUCCAGCUUUGGUGAAGGAAAUACUAGGAGUUUUAUCUAAUAACGCAGAGAAAGAUUCAUCUCGCAGCUUCACCGAUUUAUUUAAAUUAGGUUCGACGAAGCCUACACCGACUUUACCAAAUUCGAUUAUGGAUGAAUGUGUUCAUUAUUUGACCAGCUAUGGAACAUCUCAGCUUCAAUUUGAUUUUUAUACCAAAUACGAACGUUUGUACGAUGCAAUUAGGGUGACUCUGGAUAAAAAAAUUUCUCCCAAAGAAUUCGUUGAAAAAGUUUUCGCGCCUUGUAUGAGACAAAAUGAUUAUGUCACUGUUUUAACUUCGAUGAAAAGGUUGAACGAUUCUUUGAAGGAAUGGGAUGAUUACAUUAACGAAAUUUGCAUAUAUUGUAAGAAAAACGACCUUUUCAACGAGCUGUACGAAAUACAAAAAUGGUCCAAAGAUUAUUACAGAGCAGCUAUCUCGUGUACACAGUUUUAUACCAAAGGCGCCACUACCUAUGCUCAAUUAGGAAAAAAAGAAGAACAUUUGAGGCUUGCUAUUUGUCAUCUAAAACUUAGCAUGGGGCAAGCGGAAGGGAAAAAACUUGACAUGGUUACCAAACAGUUGACUUGUCUGAGAAUGCAAUUAGAAGUAACCGAAAUGAUCGCAUCGAAUAAUGCUACUGCUAAUCUAAAAUUUACCGAAGUACCAACCUUACUUGGUAAAGAGGAAAGUAAAUUGAUCAUCAUUGCGCUAAUUUUCGAAUCGCAGAAAGAUUUCAAAGUAGCGUUCAACUACACAGAAAGAAUGAUCGCUGAAUUUUCUUUGAACGUCGUCAGAGUUUAUACCAAAUUGACUGAAACUUUCAUGCAUAAAAAUCAAGAAAAUAAUGUGAUCACUAUGGUAGAACUUAUGCAAGAACUGAAGCUUGAUCGCGAUGAAGUUAUCAAUGUUAUAGCCUGCACUGCUUUGAAAAAAGACGCAGACCCGGAAACAUUCUUGAAAUUUAUUACCAGUCUUCCGCUAAAAAUUGAAAUGGCUCUUGCAGUUAAUCGAUUGAAAACAGCCUUUUUGACGGCUAUUACUUUAAACAAGUUAGAAUACUUCGAAAAAGUUCUGGUCGAAUGUAAAAAACAGAAUGCGACGAGUUUAAUUAGAAUAGUUAGCAGUAAAGUGGAUAAAAUGAGAGCAUCUUCGCAAAAUUCAUGAAGAAAGGAAACCGUGAUAUUUUGUAUACCUACCUAAUUCUAUUAUUUUACGAAUUUUGUUUUCUUGGUCAUUGUUGUAUAUUACCUGUGAAGGUGCUGUAUGUUAUUUUUUAUUAGCGAUUUUUUUAUACCAUUCCUUGAGCAUGCGAAGUACAUCAAUCAAUGCUAAUGUCAUGUAUUUUUCUUGUUAACCUCGCUAGUGUUAUUCGUAUUCAUUUUUACCAUUUUUUAAAAUUUAUUUUAAUAGCGUAUUUUUCAUAGUUUUCUUUUUUCAUUUUUGAAAUUUACAAGUUAUCUUUUUUUUCCUAUUGUACCUGCAUGUAUUUUUUAUUUAUUUAUUUUUCAAUUAGUAUUGAAGUCAUCCAUUCGAAAUUUUCGAUGCUAUCAUAUCUAUUCGACGAUUUGAUUAUUGCUAAACAUUAUACAUUUUAUAUUCGAUAUUAAACUUCAUUCUUUUUUA